AUGAUGGAGGGAAAUACCCACCUCCUCCAGGUCAUCCGCAAGAUGCGUCUGGAAAUCAAUAAACUGGAGAGAGAAAACCGGGCCCUGAGAGGAGAGCUCUACUUCUGUGGGCAGAGAGCUCUGCAGAAGGAGCAAGAAGCAGGAGGAGAAGGUGGAGAUGGAGAAUUCAGGAGUCUCGCUAAUAGUGAGGAAGAGUCUGUUGGCUCGCCAGUGCCCCUCUGCAGAAACAUCUUAACUGGUCCCACGCUGGAACCAAAGGAGCAGAAAGACAACGCCAUGACUGUACGGCGCUACUCCGUCGCUUCGUCAGCGCAGGCUGCUUCUGGCGUCAGGCCCCACAGAGGUGACAAAAGACCUCCAAGCGACGGGCUCCUGGAAGUGCGGGGGAGCGCUCAGCCCCCGACCGGUCCUGCUACGGCACAACUAACCAAUGAAGAGGAAAAAGGGGUUGAAAAAAUUCCAGCCAAUUGUUUCUCCAAGAGUAACUCCAGCAAAAUGAAGCUGUUCCAAGAGCGUGUUUACAAGUGCAGGAGUAAAAUGAAGGCCGUUAGUUUCCUGUUACCAAUGGAUGUGUCAUCAUAUGCUGAAAAUCCAGGUUCUCUCAAAUGCCCACAAAAUCAGAACACAAAACAGUUAACCACCAUCAUUGAAAAGGAUAUGUGA